AUGAAGUUUGCGCUGCAGCGCAUGUUCACCUGCCGCCGCAAGAAGGAGUCGGCCGGCGGCACCUCGACCCCGGGCGGCGCCAACCAGUCCCCGCGGGGGCCGGGGAGCAUGACGCUCGGCGGCGAGGGCGGCGACGCGCCGCCCAGCCCGCUCGUCGUGACGUGCCUGCCGCAGAAGAGGGCGUUCAUGGUUGAGGUUGUGAUGAAGCGCGUGGCCAUGGCACCAGAGGUCCUCGCAAAGCACAUCGACGAGCUCGACACGCGCGCACUGCAGGCGGAGGAGGUGGCGGCUGUGGCCCAGAUGCUGCCCACCAGGGAGGAGGUCGAGGAGGUCCGCCGCGCCCGCACCAAGGCCGAGGCCGCCGCCGCCGCGGCCGGCGCCGCCGCGCUGUCCCGCAGCAGCAGCCUCGCCGGCGGCGUCGGUGCGCUGAGCCGCAGCAGCAGCGUGGUCAGCUGCUCGUCGCCGUCGCCGCUGCCGGCGUCGCCGCGGCUGGGGCCAGUGGAGGCGCUGUUUGACGCGCUGGGGCGGGUUCAGAAGCUGGAGCAGAAGAUGCGCGCCCUGCACUUCAGGUACGAGGUGGUGUCGGCCACCGCGGCUGUGCGCGAGUACACAGAGGCGCUGCGGCAGGCGCUGGCGGCGGUCACGCGGUCGGGGCGGCUGCGGGCGCUGCUGCUCGCGGUGCGUGACGUGGCCAACAUCAUGAACGCCCACCGAGCCGGCGGGAGGGUCCAGGGCUUCCGCCUCGCGUCGCUGCGGCGGCUCAAGGACACGCGGUGA